UGAUUCAGUGUUACAAAAGACUGCAACACGCUGAGGUUGCCUUGCUUAUCAAGGAAGGAAGAAAACUGUAGCCAGCUGGGAUAGUGGACAGUCGACCGCUAUAUCGCCAUGACGCACAAUUGUAUUCACUGGUUUCGGAAAGGACUGCGGUUGCAUGACAACCCAGCCUUGAUUGCAGCCAUGCGAGACUGCAAGCAGCUCUACCCCGUGUUCAUUCUUGACCCUUGGUACCCUAACAACACAAAAAUUGGCAUCAACCGCUGGAGGUUUUUGAUUGGGGCCCUCAAGGACUUGGACUGCAGUUUGAGAGAACUUAACUCCAGGCUCUUUGUGGUGAGGGGAAAGCCAGAUGAAGUACUCCCUGAACUAUUCAACAAAUGGAAGAUCACACGCUUGACUUUUGAGGUGGACACUGAGCCACAUAGCCUGCAGCGGGACGAGGAGGUCCUGAAACUGGCAAGGGACCACGGAGUGGAAGUUAUCCAGAAGAUCUCGCACACACUUUACAAUCUUGAGAGAAUUAUAGAUGAGAAUCAUGGGAAAGCACCACUGACCUACGUGCGCUUCCAGACAGUUCUGAAGGGCGUGGGGCCACCCAAACGACCAGUGCCUCCUCCCACUCUGGGAAACAUGAAAGGAGUGUCCACUCCAUGCACAGACAAGCAUGAGGAGAAAUAUGGCAUCCCCACUCUAGACGAACUUGGGCAAGAUCCCCAGCUGGCCUGUCCAGAGGUCUACCCUGGUGGGGAGCAAGAGGCUCUGAAAAGACUGGAUGAAUACAUGGACAAACAGGCAUGGGUGUGCAGUUUUGAGAAGCCCCAGACAUCUCCUAAUGCAUUGAGUCCCAGCACCACUGUCCUCAGCCCCUACAUACGCUUUGGCUGCCUCUCGGCACGCACUUUCUGGUGGCGACUCAGUGCUGUCUACCAAGGCAAAAAACACUCCCAGCCUCCAGUGUCCUUGCAUGGGCAGUUGCUGUGGAGAGAGUUUUUCUACACCGCUGCCUUGGGAGUGCCCAACUUCAACAAAAUGGAGGGCAAUCCAGUGUGCGUGCAGGUGGAUUGGGAUAAUAACCCAGAUCAUUUGGCUGCAUGGAGAGAGGCUCGCACAGGAUUUCCCUUCAUCGAUGCCAUCAUGACCCAGCUGCGGCAGGAGGGCUGGAUUCACCACCUGGCCAGACAUGCCGUGGCUUGCUUCCUCACCAGGGGCGACCUGUGGGUCAGCUGGGAGGAGGGACAGAAGGUGUUUGAGGAGCUGCUGUUGGAUGCUGACUGGGCUUUGAAUGCUGGGAACUGGCAGUGGCUCUCAGCAAGUGCCUUCUUUCAUCAGUACUACAGGGUGUACUCACCCAUCGCCUUUGGCAAAAAGACAGACAAGCAUGGAGACUACAUCAAGAAAUAUCUCCCUCUUCUGAAGAAAUUCCCUGAGCAGUACAUAUACGAGCCAUGGAAAGCGCCACGCAGCGUUCAGGAGCAGGCGGGGUGCAUUGUGGGAAAGGACUAUCCACGGCCCAUUGUGGAGCAUGAGGUCAUCAGUAAGAAGAACAUCCAGCGGAUGAAGGCUGCCUAUGCCAAGCGCUCCCCACAAACGGAUGAGUCCCCGGCCAAAGAGAAAGCCGAUUUUACAGAAAAGAAAUGCGACAUCUGAGACCAGUGGCCUUAUGGUUCAAAGGUUCAUGCUUGAAAAUAGCUCUGGCUGGAGAUGGGUACACAAAACCCCUCUGUUCUCAUAGCGAGUGCCCUCUUCUCUGUGCCAUUGUAUUGGACGUAGGGAGCCUGCUAUACCAUCCCAGGCCUGCGGCGGCAUCUGCUCACUAAAUAACUGAGUGCUGAGUCACAAAACAGAAGGCACACAACAUACAAUCAUAGAGAUAACAGUCGCAACCAAACCUUGGCUGUCAUUCUGUUCUAAAUGUCGAGAUACCACUCUGCAAACACUGAGGAGAGAAUCUUAAGAUCCAUGAAGGUGACUACGGGAGAGAAAUAGUGUGUGUGUGUGUACCGUCACAUGAAUUACAGCUUUUUGCGAUUGCUUAUGUAGCCAACCUCAAGGCUAGGGGAACUUGGGCCAGCACAAAGCAACUUCUUUACACUUGAAAGGAAAAGAACAAAGGCAGCAAGUGUUCAGGCAUGGAGACCAUGGAGUUCAUUUUAUUAAAGAUCAAUA